AAUCCACCAGGAAAAAAAAAGGCUGUUAUAAACCUGCAGUGUGCAAGCUGCUAACUCAGUGGUACUAGGUUUAGCAGUGAGUCCAGGAGGCCCUACAGUAGCUGAGCUCAGCCUUGUAUCUGAAAGAGAGGAAUUCUGCACGCAGCACCAUGUCUGUCCUGGCUAACAUCGCUCUGCUAACGCUUGUGCUGGUUAUCGGCGACUUUUUCGACUCAGCGGAGAGCUGCACAUGCGCCCCGAGCCACCCCCAGGAUGCCUUCUGCAACUCUGAUAUUGUAAUCAGAGCCAAAGUGGUGGGCAAAAAGCUGAUGAACGAUGGGCCUUUCGGUACUAUGCGUUACACUGUUAAACAGAUGAAGAUGUACCGCGGCUUCAAAAAGAUGCCUCAAGUCCAAUAUAUCUACACCGAGUCCUCCGAGAGCCUCUGCGGAGUUAAGCUGGAGGUUAACAAGUAUCAGUACCUGAUCACAGGGCGUGUCUAUGAAGGAAAGGUAUAUACCGGACUGUGCAAUCUGAUUGAGAAAUGGGACAAGCUGACAUUUGCACAGCGCAAAGGGCUCAAUCAUCGUUAUCACCUGGGAUGUAACUGCAAGAUCAAGCCUUGCUAUUACCUCCCCUGCUUUAUUACAUCCAAGAGUGAGUGCCUGUGGACAGAUCUGCUCUCAAAUUUUGGCUACCCAGGCUACCAAUCCAAACACUACGCCUGCAUCAAGCAGAAGGAGGGUUACUGCAGUUGGUACAGAGGAUGGACUCUACCAGACAAAACCGUGAUCAACACCACGGACCCCUGAGCCCACAAGCUGUAAUGGACAAAAAAAACCUGAACGUAUAAGCAGCAAUGAAAUUAGUGCCUGAUUUCUUGCUAAAAUUUAGCACUUGGAACACUUAAGUCUUUGCCAUCAUACUGAAAGUAUAUUUUUUAAUCACUCUUCUUUUAUUUUCAAUCACCCAUUUAAGCCAGACGGUUUGCAGGGUUCUCUGGGAAAGUGUUGCUCUUUUUUUGUUUUUUCUUUCCUUUUUAUGAAAUGAAACACUUCCUUCGGCCACCUGACAUGGGCCGUCCUUUGCGAAACAGUGUCGUGCAUUUGUUUGUUUCCUAUCGCAGCUGCAGCCUCCUGCCACAAGAGGUGCUGUGUCCUAAAAGUUCAUAGUAGACACUCUAGGCAAAAGACUCUAUGGUUACGUAGAGAAAUUGUGGAAAUACAUUGCAACUGUUUCAAAGGAGUUUGGGGAAAAACAAAAAAUAAAAUGGGAAAUGUUGAACUGGGUGACCCUAAAAUUCUAUAAAACAAUCAGCACCUACAAAUCUUUCUUGAAGCUUAAGAAAGUUAUUGUCAUUGCACUAAAAGCAUAUCUUUCAGACCUUGCUAUAUACAUUGCCAGUGUUACUUUUUUUUAUGAAAUUGAAUUUUGGCACAAUGCCUUGCAGGUCACAGGCAGAACCAGCCAGAGAAAAUAAGCUACUACAGCCUACCGCGUGUCAUAUCGCAGGGCUGUAAAAAUAAGAUGCAGCUCCCUCUUGUGGCCUGGAGUAUUAUGCAAUACCUUGAUUUUCUCUGUUAAUAUCGACCUAUCCUUGAAGGUUAACCCAAAUCUAUGUAACCUAGUGGAUAAAUAAAAAGUAACAGGCUGAAAGACUUACCUUUUGUGAAGAAUACACCGCUCUGAGGUCUCUUCCGCCAAGGCAUUUCAUCACGUGAUCUCUUUCGAAGAGGAAGACCAGCCAAUCUGAAUUCUGAUGCUCUCCUUUGUCAGAGAUCACAUGACCAAAUGCCUAGGCUUUUGGUCAGAGGGCCAGCAAAGGAAGGACCCUGGAGAAGCAUUUAUUUUUUUCGAGAGAAGUAAGUAUUUCAGCUCCUCUAUUACCCUUUAUUUAUCAAUCCCAGCAAGACUGUUCACAUAGCUUUAAGUUAACACUCAAGCACAGGUGCACUUUAAAGGGAAUCUGUCACACCUGUGUGGAAGGCUCUGAUAAAAGCAGUUAUUACCCAUGUAACACGUAAUAGUCCUCCCCAAGCAGUGAAGCUGAAUCCAGUCACUGGACCACUGCCUUGAGUCUGGUAUGCAGGCCAUGCCUCAGGGAAUGUCCGCUUCUAUUGAAGCCUUCUCACAUGGUUUCUUCAUGACAGAGGCCUUUUAAAGACUCCAGAAAGUCUUUUAUUUUUCUGUAAAAUAUCUCUAUACUGGAGGCCUUUGUAUGAUAAAGCUACUAGCUUAUAUUCUUGCAUUGAAGCAGAACCAUUUUAUUGGGAAAGAGAGGGUGUUAGCAGCCACUGCACCAUAGAAAUGGUCAAUGAAAGGUCCAGCAAGGAAGGUUCUCUCCAUUUUGGGGGGACAUCAGAGGUUUGAAUACCUCUCAGUGACCCAAAUAUGCAAUUUCGGUUAUAGCUGGCCUUUAAGUACUGUUACACUUUUGAAGUAUUCAGAACAUUACUUUGCAAGUGUAAGCUUGCCAGGAAUAACAUAAUUUGUGGGUUAAAAAAACAAACAAAAAAACUUACCAGUAACAGAAAAAUAAAAUAUCAGGAUUCACAGCUCAGUUUUGUCUGUGUCGAAAUGACAAAUCAAAGUGAAUUCAUCAAGGUGGUGUAAAAUAACUCCAUACACCUUCAGAAUGUUAAAAUUCAGUGUGACGAUUCCUGUAAUGGGGUCAUUGUGAAGCUUCUUGCUCCUGUCUAGUGGUAAAGAUCUGAGUUUGUAUGUCUCAUUGUCCACCCAUGGGACAUCCUAGAAGGUCAGUUUUUAGGAUAACCUCACAUGAGUAACAAAAACAAAAAAAAUGCCCCAAACAAAUUAUUUACAACAUGCAAAGCAAUUACAUAGUUUUUCCAGCAAAUAAAACUACUAUGUGUCAGUUUUUAAAUACAGCAGCAGUA